UCUCAAACAUCAGAGGAAGAAGCAGUGCCAGGCACACACACCCUCCUGCCCUCAUAUAAAGUGUCUUGCCACAUUAACUCUUCAAACAUCAGAGGAAGAAGCAGUGCCAGGCACACACACCCUCCUGCCCUCAUAUAAAGCAGAUAUCAUGGAAAAGGGUCAGGGACCUCCUUACGGAGCACCAGCACCGCCAUACCCUGGUCUCUCUACAGACAACAACGCGGGAUUUUACCAACCUCAACCCACCAUCCAAACCAUGCCACAACCUGCUUACCAGUACAGCGCACAACAACCUCAGGUGGUACGUCCCGUGAACCAGGUGGUGGUGAUGCAGCAGCUGCCGUCUGAUGUUCCUGGACAGAUGACGUGUCCUCACUGCCGGAACACGGUCGUCACUAAAAUCGAUUACAAAAAUGGACUGCUCACCUGGCUGAUCUGUGGCACACUGGGAGUAUUCUUGUGCUGGCCUUGCUGUUUUAUCCCUUUCUGCGUGGAUGCUUGCAAGGAUGUGGAGCAUUCCUGCCCCUCCUGUAACAACGUCCUGCACAUCCAUAAACGCAGGUGAAGCAGCACUACAGAGUCAACCCUGAUGAAGUGACAACAACGGAAGAGGACCGUGACCAGAGCCGAGCCUCUUUAUGCAAACACAUCAGACGUCACCGUGAACCCUGUGCUCACUUGUGUAACAUGUGGGCUGCACCGGCAUUACUCUGUACUGUACAUAUCUGUAGAUCACAUAAGAGAUGUGAUUUCUUCUUAUUUUCUACCCGGUGAUCUAAAUCUAAUCUAAUCUGUAUGUGAACAGUCUAAUUAUCAUGAUCAUAUCAUUUCUUAACAUAACUUUAGGCAUGUUUCAUGUUUCUAAUGAAAUUGAAGUUCUUUAAUAUGUUGACCUAAAAUGUUUUGUUUUUUCGAAGACGAAACACUAACAUUUAAAAAAUAAUAAGAAUAGCUUUUACAUGAAACUUAUAGGAUAAUCAUCUUAAAUAAGACUGUUUAUUGAUUAAACUCAUUCUUGAGAAAGUUGAAAGCCUUCUAUCACAAUAAUAACCAACUCAUAAACCUGAAUUGUGAAAUGAUUCAAAUGAAUAAACCACCAAUUGAUCA